CGGUCAGCGAGCGCAAGUGUGCGAUAACAGCAGCGACGGCUCUGUCUGGAGCUCACACUGUAAAUUACAGAAGCCCCCUCCUCUGGAAGACGGUGUUUCUCCCAUUAUGGGCGACAAGAAAAGCCCAUCAAGGCCAAAAAGACAAGCCAAGCCCUCUGCAGACAACGGAUUUUGGGACUGUAGCGUCUGCACCUUCAAAAACAGUGCAGAGGCAUUCAAAUGCAGUAUAUGUGAUGUGCGGAAAGGUACAUCAACAAGAAAACCUAGGAUAAACUCUCAACUCGUGGCACAGCAGGUCGCUCAACAGUACGCCGCUCCACCCCCAACUAAGAAAGAAAGAAGAGAGAGGACAGACAGAGACCUGCCUGACGACGAACACUUUGACAUGGACAACUCCGAUUCGGACAGACUCAGCAGUCUCCACCCUGACUCCGACCAUCCAGAGAGAUUAGGUCUGGACGGGGGACAGCCAGACAGAGGACAUUCUCAUAAGGAGCAGAGACAGGAGCGUGGGCUGGACAAGAACCAGCAGCUCAAUACAGACAGACAGCCUGAGAGAGCGGAACUGACCCAGGACCUGCUGCAGCACAACACAAUAGACAGAGAGCACACGGUUGGAGCAAUGCUGGACAAACUGCAGCCUGAUAUAGAGCACAUGGAUAAACAGCAUCUGCACACAGCAGGACCUGGGAUGCAGCCGGCAGAGAGGAUGGGCGCAGCGAGAGAGGAACUCAAAAAGGGAAAGAUAGAAAGAGCCAUGAUGGAGAAACACAAAGAUAGACAUAAAAGCCUCACUCCAUCUAAAAAACCCACUGUAAAGAAGAUAAAGCCUAAACUCAUUCAAAAAGGCCCAGCUGGUGACAGUAAUAUCAUGAAGCCUGGCAAGUCUGUCACGAAGAAAAACAAAUCCAGUAUUUCACGACCUAAACUGAAGAACGUAGACAGGAGCUCUGCUCAGCAGCUUGCUAUAACAGUGGGCAAUGUGACUGUCAUCAUCACAGACUUCAAGGAGAAGACUCGCUCCUCAUCCACCUCCUCGUCCACGGUCACCUCCAGUGCUGGCUCUGAGCAGCAGCACCUGAGCUCCAGCUCGGAGAGCACGGACAAGGGCUCCUCCCGCGCCUCUACCCCUAGAAGAGACCACUCAACUGGCCAUAACGAGACCCUGUGAAAUCUCUCUUCACAAGAGCUGGAGCUCCUACAGCCACACAUGUAACUGUUAUAGUCACCUUAUGUGGAUGAGGGAUCUUUCCAACCCAUUUAGGCAAUGCCCAUCCUGACAUACAGGCAGACGUUACCUGUUUAAAUCCCUCAUGGAGCACCUAUUAGAUUGAUGUGUUGAUGUUUAUGUGAGUCACUUUCACGCCGAGACCCACUGUAUAUUCUGUGCCCUACUCUUACAAGAUAUAAUCCCGAUUUGUGCAUUACAGAAAUUGGCACUCCAUGUUUGCAUUAUUAUCCUUCAUUGUCAUGAAAUCGUGCAGACGGCUGUUUUGACUUUGUGUUUAGAGCUUAGAAUUGUUUAUGCUAAAUGUAUCUGAGCUUCUUUCUCCAACUCAGAGUCAACAAUUUGUUGCCGCAGAUGUUUGUAGAAAGUAAGGAUUCAACAAUAAGAUCAUGCUGUAUACCACCUUGUAAAGGGAGAUUUGUUCCCUUAUUAUUUCAUACGACAGACUCUUGUGUGUUUACAUGGUGGAAACACAAAGUGUGAUUAUGUGAGUUUACAGUAUUAUAAAUACAAGGCCAACUUUGAAAUCCAUACAGUGUACCAUGUAGACAUGUUUUGGGGUUCACAAGAUAAGAGAGUAUUUAGAAUAUUGUUCUUUAUCUUUCUCUGUUUUUAGACUUUAAAACUUUGCAUAUUUCUUGUAAAAUUAUAUCAGGAUUCACAAUACUGUCUAUUAUUCAGUGUAAUGGGAAUGUAAUGACUUUUAAAGUGUGCAAAGAAGUCUUUUUUGACAUGUUGAAGAGUUCACAAAGCAUAUACAUCACGGUUAACUGUACUUAGUGAAGAUCAACAAGAUCUCUACUGAAAUUGGUCAACUCAAUCACAAAUACUCUGGAUACUCAAAUGUGUUUUAUGGGACUCGAGUAGUCUGAGAGUUGUGAUUAAACCAUUAUACAAUUGGCUUCUUGCCCAUACGAAAAGUUUAGCACAGGUUUAUUAAUUCUAACUUUUGUUAAAAAUCUAAAAGCUUAUGAAGCUAAUAAAAACCUUCUUAAACUCA